GGCGACAUAGCGCAAGAGAUCAUCUCUCCAUCAGCGUCUAAUUCAACAACGCGCGUUGCUUUGUACACUCAUGUCAAUAUAAGCGUACCGACGAAGCCUGAUGCGCUCUCACACUCUCAAUGACGAUAUCCUGGUGAACAUCCUCUCUUUUACAUCGUUGAAAACGAUCCCAUCGAUGAUGCAAACGUGUCGUGUAUUUUAUCAUGAAGGCCCGAAGGUACUUCUCGCUAGUGGCGCUGCGUUCGGCGGUUUGGAGCAAAUCCCGGCUUUUCUCCGGUUCAUCCUCGCAGAAGACGGCACCCGCUGCCGCUACCUGGGCCAAUUUCACCUCCUCAUCGAGGAAGAGGAUGACAAUGAAGAAGGCCCUGUUCACCAAACAGUUGAAAUGGACACUGGCAUCGCGCGCUCCCUCGUUGCUCUAUUCUGCCAUCAUGAUUUCCCUCUACUCCAUACGCUUGCUCUCGAUCCCGCAGAAAUGCUGUUAACGGCCAUACCAGGUCUAUCUUCCGCCCUGAGCACUCUUCCAUCCGUCAAGGUCGUAAAUUUCAGAUCCGCUGGUCCCAUGACCUGCAAGAUCAUCAAAGGAAUGCGCAAGCUCACCGACGUAAGACUAGCCUACAGUCCCUCCCGCUGGAAAGCUCUGGCCUCCCAGCUACAUCCUCUCUUUGUCCUGGAGGACUCCAGAAACACCCUGGAGCGGCUUGACGUAUCCUUCUUUGACGAGCCCCUCCCCCGUUCCCGCUAUCCCCAACAGUUCUCGCAAAUGCGCUCUCUCAAGCUUGGAUGGUGCUCUCAGCUUGCCAUCGCCCCCUUUGCCUACGCAUUUCCCCACCUUCGUCGCCUCACCUACGAAGUUAUGGUCGAUCACGACGAUCUUGACACGGAUGAGGUCAUAGCGCUCCAUCAGCAGCACCGCCAGGAAUUUUCCGCCUACAGCACAUGGAGGGAGCUCGAGGCAGCGUCGGGACGUUUCUUCGACUUAUACGUCAGCGGGCUGGCUUGCCAAAUCAACGACGUACAAGUGUUCAUGGACCCGCAGCAGACGUUCGCCAUGCUGCACGACUUUCUGAACGACGUCCGUCCUUCGAAGCUCUACUUGCGAAUUCCUCGGCAUGGGAUUGGAGUGGAGGCAUCGGCGCUUCCGGAUCUGUUUCGCUCGCAGGCUGGGUCGCGACUGCGAAAUCUGUCCUUACACAUAGAGUUCGCGCAGGAGGAGAAGGAUAUGGACCUGGGGGCGGCUAUGGUUUGUCGAUUCAUGGCGGGCUCAAGCCGUCGUCGAACGCGUGCUGAUAGCCGACAAUGCAGGGUGCGCUCCGAGCUAUCCCAGAGAUAAGACUCGACGUGUACACCCCUUCGACGCUGGCCACGUGUCUCGCAGAAGAAUAUCUACAGCAGCUCGACCUCGUUGAUUUUGCAAGGUCAUUUCUUCUGGCUGUCCCGUCGUUGGAACGCGUCGGGGUUGACCUAACCGGUCUCCGUGGGCGCAGCCGAGAGGAAGUUCAAGUUCUGGAGGAUGGGACCGUCACCACUACUAUCAAUAGAUGGUGAAGCUGUAGAGGAUGAUGAUCUGGGUGACGAAGAAACAGCUGAAGAGGAGAUAGGCGAUACGUACGAGGACUAGGCUACUCGCUCAUCUCUGCUGUCGUAGUAUGGGUCAUGGACUGUAACAAGCCGAAAUUCACUUGAUAUUAUAAUGCUUAGUAUGGUACGAAGUGUCCCGCCAUUAUAGUGUCGAUGUCAGCUGAUGAAGUCGAAUGUGUUGGGGAACACUCCAGAUUUGCUCAACGGCCAAACCUUUGCAAUCAGCCUCCCUUUCACCAGCCCUAGGGGUACCGGUCCGUAUACGCGGGAGUCUCUUGAGUACGCCAGGUUGUCCCCAGUAACCCAUAUGUGAUUCUUAGGUACCACUACGUGCUCUGUCGAAGGCGCAGCUAGCCCUGUAGGAUCCACACAUACGACAUCUCCAGGUAGACCCGUGAUACGCUUGCAGACUGUACGUCCAGGGUCGAGUGGGGAAAUGAAUGUGACGAGAUCCCCUCUACUGAGGCGGUUGACAUCAAUCCACUUCCAAUCCAAUGCGAGCUCUCCCUCAAUAGCCAUAGUGGGAAGCAUAGAUGGUCCUGCCACAUGAGAAAUUGUCGCGAUAUGGUCGCCGAACAGAUGCAAUAUACAACCAAUAUUGGCCACCUGGAGACUCCUAUAGGGCAGGUCGGAGCACCAGAAUUGACGACUCUUAACCACCCGACGAAGAGACCUCCAAGCCUCUGCUAUCCAUGAUCGAGCAGCCAUAUUCAAUAUCACGGUCGUAUAUUAGAACAGUCGAGAGUUCGCAGCAGAGGUCAUGGCGCUGAGAAAGGCCCAACGCGUGUGUUCGCGCUUGCCCCGACAAUCUGUGUAUGGCGCUACAUAGCGCUACCUUGGCCCACUUUCACUACGAAGUCUCACCCGCAACCAGCGCGAUGUCCGCCUUCAAGCGGCGAACGACCUCCAAACAGCCACCGCCACCGAUUGGAACCCGACCAUCUCCUGGAUCGCCUGCGACGACCAUAACCUCGACCGGAAUCCCUUCCCUCGACGACAUCCUUGGCGGCGGGCUUCCCCUUUCUUGCUCCCUGCUUGUCCUCGCACCCGAUGCGCACUCAGCAUACGGCGAACUUGUCCUCAAGUACUUUGCGUCUCAAGGGCUCGCAUGCGGGCAGCGCAUCUGCGUUGUGGAUGCGCGGCCGGACGCGUUUCUUUCCGAGUGUAUGUGGAUGCCAGGGAGCAGCGGGGCCGCGUCCGCACAAUCCAAUUCCCCCACGCCCGCGCCACCAACCGCAGCAGAGGAUGAGGAAGACGAGAAAGCAUCAGAACACGACACGAAAAUCAAGAUCGCUUGGAGGUACGAGCAAAUGAAACAGUUCCAAACGACAGUGCAGUCGCCUGACCAGUCUGCGGAUGACUAUUGCCGCAGAUUUGACUUGACGUCUCGGGUCCCGGAGUCCACAAUUAAUUCCGCGCUCAGCGAGGGCCGCUACCUGGACGUAAGGCCCGACGAGAGUUCAUUUUCAGAAGACGAGUCUUCCUGCCGCAGGGUCCUACGAUGCGUCGCGGAGAUCUUGGCCAAAGCAGAGUCUGACUCCCCCUCCGCUUCCGCAUUAGCCACGCAUGCGAUCGUGACAAGAAUAUGCAUCCCCGCAUUAGGCUCUUAUGAAUGGGGCGACCUGUCCCCUCAGGACGUCUGCUAUUUCUUGCACUCCCUUCGUGCGCUCCUGCGCCGCCAUCCUCGCGCAUGCGCCGCGAUGAGCGUGUCACCCCAUUUGUGUCAAGAGACGUAUGGUGGCCCUGGCUGGGUCCAGAAGCUAGGAUGGCUCACGGACGCGUCAAUCACGCUCGCAGCGUUCACCGCGAAUCCCUCUCUUUCGGCCAUGUUCUCAUCACAUCAUGGUCUUGUGCACAUACACUCUCUCCCCGCGCCGCAUACCUUACUUCCGCCGAGCGACAAGUUCUCGACCCUGCGCGGGCUGACGUCGUCGGGGGAGAACAAUCUGGCAUUCAAGUGCAUGCGUAAACGACUGAUCUUCGAAACGCUUCAUCUCGAUGUCGAAGGAGGCGUGAGCGAGCGGCGCACCACGCCGUCUUCGAGUGCUUUCGCGAUGGAGGCAGGGACGGGACACGACCAUGAUCAUUUGCAUCAGCCAUCGACCAUCCCGCUUCCUGGAGGUGCUUCCGUAGCCGCUGUACAGGUACAGUUGGAACAGGUGCAUAUGGCACCCAGCGUCCCGGAAUCACAGCCAGAUCUUCCACCGGCCAAACCGGAGAGCGCCUUCAAAAAAGCGAAGGUCAAGAAAAAGGUAGCAUUCACAUCAGAGCGACCAGAUUUGUACGAUUUCUAG